AUGGCACAAACAAAGAAACAACACCGCCGCAAAAAAGUCGGCCGGCGCACUGCCCGAGUACUCAAGCGACGCAGCUCGGGCCCGCUAUCUGAUCUCACAAAUGGCAACCUGCGUCAAGGGGUGAUGCCCGUGUCUCUGGAUCCGCUCGAGAAGAACAUCUUCGAGCGCCACCAGCUGCAGCCGGGGUAUGUCUUUGUUCCCAAAGGCGACGUCUACGUCACGCGACACUGUCGCAGUCGGACCAAGGAGGCCGGGCAGACGGUAUAUGUGGUCUGGAACAACGCGGCAAAACGCACACGCGGCAUCCGCGUCCCAUCAGAAAUCCACGACCAAGUCCGGGACUCUGCCGCCGCAACAGCGUCGUCGCGCGCCAGUGCCGUGCAAGUCCGCGAUGCGAAGGACCUCUCGCGCGCGCGGGAGCUACUGCAGGCCCAUUUUCCAUUGAUGCCGGCUACAUCCCUCGAAACGGUGCUGGAGCAUGCGUUCCUCAAAGGAUCCGGGCGGGUAGGGCGGACAUCGACGACGACAGAGGAGCGCAAGGCUCUCCUCGCUGUGGAGGCGCAUAUACGGCAUACGCUGACACCAUAUGAGAAGUUACUUGAGGCAGGAACGGAGCGUCAUGAGGCCAGGAAGGCAGUUUGGGAAACUGUGAAAGGGAUUAAGAAGGCGUGGGCUGGGGCUAGUGCUGGCGAGGAGCGGAUGCCUGAGCCGCUUGCUUUGAGGCCUGCGCCUGUUAUUGAUCUGACGGGAGACAGCGAUGAAGAUGUUCAGCUGGCCAGCUGA